CUAGAGCCUACAGACUACAGUAUCAGGGAUAGUAAGGCGCGCCAUGGCGCUUUCAGCUUCCCGGUUCAGGAAGAAGAGCUGCUGCAGCCUGCAGAGAGGCAGUUGAGGAACCAGCUCGCUGCAGCCGCGAGGAGCAUCAACUGGAGCUAUGCCCUCUUCUGGUCCAUUUCAAGCACUCAACCAGGGGUGCUGACGUGGACGGACGGGUUCUACAACGGCGAGGUGAAGACGCGGAAGAUCUCCAACUCCGUGGAGCUGACAGCCGACCAGCUCGUGAUGCAGAGGAGCGAGCAGCUCCGGGAGCUGUACGAGGCCCUCCUGUCCGGCGAGUGCGACCGUCGAGCGGCGCCGGCGAGGUUGGUCGGCUCGCUGUCGCCGGAGGACCUCAGGCGACACCGAGUGGUACUACGUGAUCUGCAUGACCUACGCCUUCCGGCCUGGCCAAGGGUUGCCGGGCAGGAGUUUUGCGAGCAACGAGCAUGUCUGGCUAUGCAACGCGCACCUCGCCGGCAGCAAAGCCUUCCCCGCGCGCUCCUGGCCAAGUCAAUCGUCUGCAUCCCGCUCAUGGGUGGCGUGCUUGAGCUGGGGACAACUGAUACGUUGUUGGAGGAUCCGGACUUGGUCAGCCGAGCAACCGCAGCUUUCUGGGAGCCGCAAUGUCCGACAUACUCCGAAGAGCAAGAGCCGAGCUCCAACCCCCCGUCAGCAAACGAAACCGGCGAGGCCGCAGCAGACGACAUGGUUGUGUUCGAGGACCUCGAUCACAAUGCCAUGGAAAUGGAGACGAUUGCUGCCGUCGCUGGGGGAGACGGACAGGAGCUAGGAGAAGCGGAGAGCCUGUCAAACGCAAGCCUGGAGCACAUCUCGAAGGAGAUCGACGAGUUCUAUACCCUCUGCGAGGAAAUGAACGUGCAGCCACUACCACUAGAGGAUGGCUGGAUCAUGGACGGGUCUAAUUUCGAAGUCCCCUCGUCCCCGCAACCAGCGCCCCAGGGGAACCUAGCUGAUGGCUCUCGCUCGACCAGUUUCAUGUCGUGGACGAGGUCCUCGCAGUUGUGCUCCGAUGAAGCUGCGGCAGUGCCGGUCAUCGAAGAGCCGCAGAAAUUGCUGAAGAAAGUGGUGGCAGGCCGCGAUGCUUGGGCGAACUAUGGUGGUGGUGUGGGCACGAGCACGACGGGAACAGCCCAGGAAAGUGGCAUCAAGAAUCACGUCAUGUCAGAGCGAAAGCGCCGGGAGAAGCUCAACGAGAUGUUCCUCAUUCUCAAGUCAUUGGUUCCGUCCAUUCACAAGGUGGACAAAGCAUCAGUCCUCGCCGAAACUAUAGCCUACCUCAAGGAGCUUCAGCGAAGGGUACAAGAGCUGGAGUCCAGUAGGGAACUUACAUCGCGUCCAUUCGAAACGACAAGGCCAAUAACAAAAGCCCGUGGCAACGAGUGUGUCAGCAAGAAACUCUGUGCGGGCUCCAAGAGGAAGAGCCCAGAUUUCGGCGGUGACGUGGAGAAGGAGCACCCCUGGGUCCUCCCCAAGGACGGCACCAGCAACGUCACCGUCGCCGUCUCGGACAGGGACGUGCUCCUAGAGGUGCAAUGCCGGUGGGAGGAGCUCCUGAUGACGCGAGUGUUCGACGCCAUCAAGAGCCUCCAUUUGGACGUUCUCUCGGUUCAGGCUUCGGCACCAGAUGGCUUCAUGGGGCUUAAGAUACGAGCUCAGUUUGCAGGCUCCGGUGCCGUCGUGCCCUGGAUGAUCAGCGAGGCUCUUCGCCUAAAUACGAGCCUCUGGCUGAGCCCAGCAAAGCCCGAAAGCCCUGGAUGGCCAAGGCGCCCUGAUGGGCCCCAAAGCUGGCCAAUAGGGCCUGGUGUGAACAGUACCCCCGUGGGUACUGUAGCGUUGCCCGGCACGAGUUUUAAGAGCAACGAGCAUGUCUGGCUGUGCAACGCGCACCUCGCUGGCAGCAAAGCCUUCCCCCGCGCGCUCCUGGCCAAGUCAAUCGUCUGCAUCCCCUUUAUGGAUGGCGUGCUUGAGCUGGGUACCACUGAUACGGUGCCGGAGGACCUGGACUUAGUCAGCCGAGCAACCGCAGCUUUCUUGGAGCCGCAAUGUCCGAUAUACUUGCAAGAGCCGAGCUCCAACCCGUCAGCAAACGAAGCCGGCGAGGUCGCAGACAUUGUUGUGUUCGAGGACCUCGGUCACAAUGCCAUGGAGACGAUGACUGCCGCCGGAAAUGAACCCGUCAGCCUGUUCAAUUCAAGCCUGGAGUACAUCACGAAGGAGAUCGACGACUUCUACAGCCUCUGCGAGGAAAUGGACGUGCGGCCACUACCACUAGAGGAUAGGUUCAUCGUAGUGGACGGGUCUAAUUUCGAAGUCCCGUCGUCCCCGCAGCCACCGCGCCCCCGGGGGGCUACUACUAACAACGCUGCCGACACCUCAAGCGCACUAGUUGACCGCUCUCGCGCGACCAGUUUCAUGGCUUGGACGAGUUCCUCGCAGUCGUGCUCCGAUGAAGCGGUAGCGGUGCCGGUCAUCGAAGAGCCGCAGGAAUUGCUGAAGAAAGUGGUGGCCGGCAGCAGAGCUACUAGGUCCAACUGUGGUGGCGGCGGGGCACGACGACGGGAACAGCGCAGGAAAUAA